AUGAUCAAAUUCGAAAAAGAUCGUUUCACCUCGGAACUACAGUCAGCUGUUUUCAGCAACAAACACUACGCGGAACGCGGUUAUUUGCUCUGGCUUCCACCUGACACCAUGCCGACUUCCGAUAAAGACAACGGAGAAGCGGGCCAAUCGAAGAAAGCACGAGUAGAUCAUCAAACUAUGCCAACUAGACAGUAUUUGGAUCAAGCCGUAGUUCCCGUUGUCUUACAAGCAAUGUCUGCUGUGGCUAAAGAAAGACCAGCAGACCCCCUAGAAUUUAUUGCAAAUUAUUUAUUGAAGGAAGCAAAGAAUCGAUCAACCCAGACUUCUGAAACAGCCGCUCAGGCCAUACCCUCAGCAAGCGCUUGA